AUGUCUCGACGUUACAUGUAUCCAUCAAACUAUUGUGAACUUGUUCUUGAUGCUUCAAUGUGCAAUCGUGAGGAUGAUGAAAUUUGUAUGUCCGUGGAUAUUCCUGAGGAAAUUAUAAUGGAUGAUACUGAAGCCGAUAUGCUGUGUCGUGAUAUUUCUUUCAGUGAAUUAAGUGAUAACCAUGCCAUGGAAAAUUGUUCUCAACCAUGUGAAGCAAUGGAUACUGAUAAUUCUAAUUUUAUGAAUCAAAUGGAUUGUAGUGAUGAAAAUGCUGAAAUAAUCAUCAUCAAUGAAACAGUUUCGUCUCUGAUUGAUGCUGUUGAAUGUGCUAUUGAUAUAACCUCUAACAUGGUUCAGAAUCAACAACAGGAAUUAUCCAAUGGACAGGACUCGGAUGAGGAUCAAUCUGAAUUUCUUCAAAUCGGUCAAGGUGAGGAUGAAAUUCCAAUAAUCAGCUUUACUGUGAAGGAUGAAGGUCAGUGGCAGCAAAAUGAUAAUUUUCAUACCUUAACUAAAAUUGUGCGUGCAGAUAUAGUGAAUAAUACAAACCGUUCAGUAGAUUUACUAGAAAUAUCAACAGCAAUCAAUGAUGCUUAUGAACGUUUCGUUCAGCAAAUGAUAUCUUCAGCAAACCCUGAUGAUAUAAUCAAUCUAACUUUUAAUAAUCCUCGUGAUGAUAGACAGCUCUUCAUGAAUUUUAAGACCAAAAAUUUUGACAAAAGUGAAUUUCUUGCCCGUGCUGAAAAGCUAGCUCAAUCAAGUGGUAGCUUUUUAGAUGGAGGUGAACUUGAAAUCACAAUUCAAAUCCUGAAAUCCAUAUCUGGAACAGCAAAGCGUAUUUCCAAAUUACUCGAACCAAACGAAAGAGCUAAACGUCAAGUAUCAGUAGUGGUGAUAAAGAAUGAAGAUAUAUACUGUGGUUACUAUGCUAUCGCAUUAGGUAAAUUUUAUGUUGAUAAGACUCCAGAACAAGAAAGCCAAUGGAUAUCUCUGAGAAGAAGAAUAACAAAACUUAAAUCAUUCGCAGCAAGGCUCUUUAUGGAUCUUAAAAUUGAUGCUCUUGAUGCAAUGGAUAUGAAUAAAAUUGCAGAAAUUCAGAACGCUUUGCCGGGAUAUCAAAUUGUUAUUGUUGACUCAAAGACACGUCUUAAAAUAUUUGCCGGUCCCAACGCUAACAAAAAAAUAUUUUUAGAGUAUACGGACAAUCAUUUCAACCUCAUCACCAAAAUUAAUGGUUACAUGCAGUGUAAUAAUUUUUGUGUUCAUUGUUGGGUUAAACUGCGAGAUGAUAAACAUAUCUGCAGAGAUGCUUGCCAAAUGUGUUCUGUGUUUCCAGCUUGCUCUGCUACUGAAUCAGUGUUAUGUGACAAGUGCAACCGAACAUUUAACAACAAUAUCUGCUUUCAAAACCAUAUUCAACUCGGAAUCUGCGAAUCUCGAAUCAAGUGUAAAAAUUGCUGGAUAACCUACAAACCUAAGGACGGACAUCGAUGUGAUUGUUACAGGUGUGAAGGCUGUAAGCUUCUCUAUACAACCACUCCGCAUUACUGUUUUAUACGUCCUCACUCUAUUUUGAAACUUAAAGAAGAGGACGAAAACUUGGUAUUCUACGUUUUUUAUGACAUUGAGUCAAUGCAGCUUCCAGCAUCAUCCAACAGUCUUCUACAUGUCCCGAAUCUCCUCAUCUCCUACACAAUCUGCAGUAAAUGUUUCAAUACGUCUUCAUUAAUAAAAUCACCAGAUAAUUGUGAAAAUUGCGGGAUUUUGCGCAGAGUAUACAGAGGAGAAGAUUGUGUUAAAUUAUUUUGUGACUAUCUGUAUCGUGAAGCGGCACCAAAAGCACGCUCUCUCAAUGCAAAUGUUACUGUUGUUGCUCAUAACCAAAGAGGAUAUGAUGGACAUUUCAUAAUUCAAGACUUCUAUCAAAGACAAUUUGCAUCCGUUCCUGGUAUAAUUAUGCAAGGUUCCAAACUGACAUUCAUUAAAAUGGAAAAUAUUCGCUUUAUCGACUCUCUUUGCUUAUUCAUGCAGCCUUUGAGUUCUUUAUGCAAAUCUUUUAAUGUGACCGAAGCUAAAAAAGGAUUCUUCCCACAUCUAUUCAACACACCUGAAAAUCAAAGUUACAUUGGUAAAGUUCCAGAUUUAUCGUAUUAUGAUCCUGAUAAUAUGAAGCCAAAUAUGAAAAGUGAAUUGAUAGCUUGGCAUAAUGAAUUGGUUAAUAGCGAUUAUGAAUAUGAUUUUGCAAAAGAAUUAAUCAGUUAUUGCGAUUCAGAUGUUAAAAUUUUGAUGUUAUCUAUGAUGAAAUACAUCAGACUUUUUUCUGAAAUUACCGAUAUCAAUCCACUAACAAGAAAAUUCACUUUAGCUUCAGUUGCACUUGAAGUCUAUCGUGCUAGACUCUUAGCUCCAUCAACACUUGCCAUCACACCAAAUGCUGGAUACUGUUCGAGAAAACAAUCGUUAUCUGCUUCAUGCUGGCUUGAUUAUCAACAGCAUAUAAUCGGUGAUUCUCUUAAAAUUAAGAGAGAAUUUCGAAUUGGUCCAUAUUAUGCAGAUGGUUUUAUACCAGAGGCGAAACACGUCUUUGAAUUUUACGGUUGUCUCUUUCAUGGUUGUCCUGAAUGCUACACUGAUAGAAGUAUGACAAAUCCAAUCCUCCACGAAACUUUGAACGUCGGUCAGAUAUAUGAAAGACUAUUGGAAAAAAGAAGAUACUACAAUCAUCGAGGAUUUAAAUUAACUGAAAUUUGGGAACAUGAAUUCAAUCAGCUCAAAAAUCAACAGAUCUACAUUAAGCAACGUAUUUCUCACAGAUAUUCAAUCAAAGAGGCAGGUCAUAUAGAUAUUCGUGAAAGUUUUUUCGGAGGUCGAACGAAUAAUAUCAAAUUCUACCAUGUAUGUGCGCAAAAUGAAAGGAUCAGGUAUCUAGACUUCACAUCUCUUUACCCAUACGUGUUGAAAAAGAACGCGUUUCCUGCUGGUCAUCCAAAAUUGUUAGAAGAAGAUUUCGAUGAAGAUGAUAUCGGUGCAUAUUUUGGCUUCAUUAAAUGCAAAGUUCUUCCUCCUGCUCAGCUAAAUAUCCCUAUCUUACCUUACCGUGGUCAUAAGAAACUUCUCUUCCCGUUAUGUAGAACAUGUGUUUCAGAGAACAUCCAGACGUACUGCAAACAUAGUGAUUCUGAACGUAUGAUAACAAAUACUUGGACUUCAGAAGAGUUGAAAACAGCAGUUAGAUUUGGUUACCGCAUCAUCAAGAUUUACCAAGUUCUACAAUUUGAGCGAAAUGCUGAUUUAUUUUCUGAGUAUAUCAAAAUGUGGCUUAAAAUAAAACAGGAGUCGUCGGGUUGGCCUGCUUGGUGUGAGACAGAUGCUCAAAAAGCUACUUAUAUUUCAGAUUAUGAAGAACACGAAGGAAUAAAACUUGAUCCUUUAGAGAUUCAAAUCAAUCCUGGUAAAAGAAGUAUAGCCAAACUUAUGUUGAACAGUUUAUGGGGUAAAUUUGCCCAGAACUCAAAUUUAACAAAAACAUCCAUAAUGCGUGAUUAUGCAGAUCUUUGGACUCUAAUGAACGACGAUACACAAGAAGUUUUAGGUGUUAAUCAAGUAACUGAUUCCGUUAUUAUUGCUCAGCAUAGAUAUUCAGAGGAGCACACUGAUAAAGCCCCACAGUCAAAAACAAAUAUUGCUGUUGCAAGUUUUGUAACAGCUUAUGCACGCUUAGAACUAUUCAAUUUACUGCAAAAAAUAGAACAACAAAGGUCUGGGAGAGUAUUGUACUUUGAUACUGAUUCCGUUGUAUUCAUAGAAAGAGAUGAUGAUGUGAAAAUAGAAUGUGGUGAUUAUCUUGGCGAACUAACUGAUGAAAUUGGUCUCAACAAAAAAUGCGACAAGUUUAUUGCAUUAGGUCCGAAAAAUUAUGCUUAUGAAGUUGUUAGUGAUAACAAUGAGAGAAAAGCGAUAAUAAAAGUUAAAGGAAUUAAGUUAACUGCCAAGGCUUUAGAUCUAAUUACGAUUGAAAAGCUAUGUGAAAUGGCAUCCGACUACACUGAAGGUCGUAAAACAAUUUUAAAAGUGCAACAAACGAAUAUUGUAUCCGAUAAAUUUUCUCAUAAAGUUUUCACUAAGAAUUUUCUUAAAACUUACAGAGCUAUGUCAAACAAGAGAUGGAUAAUUGGCAAUGAUACACGUCCAUUUGGAUAUAAAACUGAUGCACCUGAUCCAUCAUAA